UCCUGUUUGUAUAAAUACAUCCUCGAUUCUCUGGAUAAUCAGUCGUUGAAUAUUGCUUUCUCGGUUGAGGUGGUUGAGGUGAAACAAAACCCAAAUGAUGUCGAGAACACUGCUCUUAUCUGGCUUAGUAGCCAUGCUUAUGGCCUACUCCCUUGCCAAACCACUGAGGAAACAAAAGGGCUACACUAAAACGAAAGUGCCUCAGAUCAAGAAAGUAGAGUUCAAUGGCGAAAUCCUUGAGAUCGCGGUAGAAGAAGAUGACCCCUUCCAUCGCCCGAUCCCAGCAGAUGAGGGCUAUUCCCCCAAUGCCUACGAAACAGACAUGAUGCUUAACCCAGAGCAGGAGGCAGCCUUGAGCGAUCCUAAAAACUCCCGUAACAAGCGAAAGGCCAGUAAGGAUACCACGAAAUAUUGGCCAAAGAAAAUCAUUGACCAAGCAACAAGCCAGCAUGUUAUCAAUGUUCCCUAUGAAUUCGGACUCGGUAAGAAAUGUCCACCUGUACUCCUCGCUGUUUUCAGUCUUACGAUACUAUUUAGGGAUGGGGUUACCCUACAGUUAGUAUAA